AUACCGUGUGUGUGUGAGACGGGGGAGGAGGAGAGUCAUGCAGGCGGUCAUGGGGCGGGAGCGGUCUGCAUAUUAACAACCUGGGCUGGAGCGCGACAGCCUUUUCGGGGUCGGCACUCAGAGGGACUCCUGUGUACCAAGGAGGUGCUCCCAAGUGUACCAAGGAAGGGACCGCGUACCACCGCACCGGAGAGAGCAGGGCCCAGCAUGCCGCAGUACAAGCUCACCUACUUCAACCUGCGGGGACGAGCAGAGAUCAGCCGCUACCUCUUUGCCUAUUCGGGCAAGCAGUACGAAGACCACAGGAUAGAAGCAGCAGACUGGCCCAAAAUCAAGCCAACAAUCCCAUUUGGCAAACUCCCUAUUCUGGAAGUAGAUGGAGUUAUCAUUCACCAGAGCCUGGCGAUGGCAAGAUACCUUGCCAGAGAAGCAGGUCUGGCAGGUCAGACACCUGUGGAACAGGCUUUAGCUGAUGCCAUUGUGGACACCAUUGAUGAUUUCAUGACACUGUUCCCUUGGGCAGAGAAAAACCAGGAUGUGAGAAAAAAAGCAUUUGAUGAUAUCCUCACCAACAAAGCACCUGAGCUACUGAAAGAUUUGGAUACUUUCUUAGGGGAUAAGAAGUGGCUGGUGGGGAACUCUGUAACAUGGGCUGAUUUCUACUGGGAUGUGUGCAGUACGACACUUCUGUCCUGUAAACCUGACCUGGCAGACAAAUACCCCAGGCUUCUGGCUCUCAAGGAGAGAGUGCAAGCACUUCCAGCUAUUGCAGCCUGGAUCCAUAAAAGACCGAAGAGUGUAAUGUAGAUCAGCUGCUCAGAAAAACAAAUGCUUGUUUAGUUUUCAACAUGACAAGCAUACUAAGUUAUUCACUUCUGAAUCAUUUAACUUCAGAUGGCUACACUGUAUCAAAUCAAAACCCUCAACUUAUAUCCACUUGCAAGAAAAUCUAAAACACUGAUUUCGUAGAGUAAUAAAUACCGAUUCACAGAA